AUGGCUUUACCAUUUUUACCUAUGGAAGAAAUAGAAUUCGCAUUCGAGGAGUUAAUGGAACAAUCACCAACUGUGGUUAGUCCUCUGAUUGGAUACUUUAAGAAUUAUUGGAUGACACAGAUGUCCAUUAACAUGUGAAGUGUAUCUCAUUUAGAUACACGAACAAAUAACAGUGUCGAAGGUAAUUUUGCCUUAAUUUCACCUGCUUUCUUAAAAAUUUCUUUUGUAAGUUAGCACAACCGUUUUAACAAAAGGAUAAAUCAACAUCAUCCGAAUAUUUGACACUUCAUUUCUGUUAUUAACCUCUUGGAUACUGCUGUCUUCAAUUGAAGACAAGCAGAACGAAAGAAUUUUUUUUUUCGUUCUGUCGUAUUGAUAAACAGCUGUGAAACGAAAUGUUGAUUAAUGUGCCUGUAUCAGUCC